GCGGGCUCUAUGGCGGCGGCGGCUGCGCACACGUGGCCCCUCCUCCCUCGGGCUGCGGGCGCUGCGGGUGCGCGAGCGGCACCGGCACCGGCACCGGCAUGGGCGUGCAUGUGGAGACCAUCGCCCCCGGCGACGGGCGGACGUUCCCCAAGCGCGGCCAGACCUGCGUGGUGCAUUACACGGGUAUGCUGGAGGAUGGGAAGAAGUUCGAUUCCUCCCGCGACAGGAACAAGCCCUUCAAGUUCGUGAUGGGGAAGCAGGAGGUGAUCCGCGGCUGGGAGGAAGGAGUCGCUCAGAUGAGCGUUGGUCAGCGGGCAAAGAUGACCAUCUCCCCAGAUUAUGCCUAUGGCUCCACUGGCCACCCCGGGAUCAUUCCACCCAACGCCACUCUAAUUUUUGACGUGGAGCUCAUGAAAUUGGAAUGACCUACCCCAGCACCCCGGCCUCGGCAGGUUUGGCACAUGGAGGAACCCAGAAUCUCAGCUUCAAGAAGAGUGCACAUGACUUUGUACGGAGCUUUUCCCGAUCGUCCACUACACUCAUUGUAUAACCUGACACCCGAUUGAAUGCCUUUGGUCACUAAGCUUUGCCUCUGACUCUUCCUCCUUGUAUUGUGUUUUUAUGUCUUUUUAAACUAUACACCGUAAACCUCAACUCUUUUUGGGUCAAGUUCUUAAUCUUAUUUUUGUUCCAGGUGUAGACUACGUUUUACCAGUAGCGCAGACAGGCUGCCCUUAGAUAGGACUCAUUGGAGCAAAAGGAAACCCGGUAGUUAUUCAUUUUGGUGCAGAUCUCUCAGUGUUUUCAAACCAGGAAUUGCUGCUGCUGCAAAAGCCAUAGCAGAGUGAGACUGAAUGGAUGCGGAGAGCGAAGUAGCGUUAGGAUGGUGUGUAGGUCCCUGCCUGGCAGGGGGGGCUGUGGGGCCUGGCCCCGCUCCCGGGGGGUCACUCCGGGGAAGAGGGGGCUGCUCUGCCCCUGCUUCACUCUGCCAUCUUACAGUGAACCUGCCUUCCCCCCCACCCCAGCCCCGUUUGCAUUUCUGGAGAUGGGUUUACAUCAGAGCCCCCCCACGCCCUGAAAAUUCAGUAGCUUGCAUUGAGCUUUCUUUAGCUAUAAAGAAAAACAGCAAAAGAAGGGAGAGAGGCUGGUGGGGAGUCAGCUCAAAGAAAAUGCCCCAUCCCCUCCCCCUCCUCCCGGAAAGGAACCAUCAGAGCCCAGUUGUCCCCAGUCUGAGCAGACCUGACCGUUCUCUCCUGACACCUGAUGCUGGUCAUCGCCGCUUGCCUGGUCUCACAACGAUGCAAAGCUUUCCCCGCUGCUGUCCCACCUGCCCCCUCACCCCGCCUAGUCAUUUGGUAAGAGAAAUUGCCGCCGUUCACUUCCUUUUCCACCGCAUAAAGGUAUCAAGUUUUAUUAUUGCAAUAAAAACGCUUUAUGCUGGCUUUUCUCA